CUUCUCUCUCCAAUAAAAGAAAAUAAUUUGAGGUUCUCGUCCCGACGGUGUGGUCGUGCCGCAAAAUAACUGUUAAACCAGAAAUAAUCCAACCGAAGCUUAUUAAAAGCAGUGCCGGUCCUAUUUCCAACCAAACAACGCAAUAAAAACACCGGUUCGUUUUAACUCAACCUCGAUCAAACGCAUCACAGAUAAUGGCCCCACCACCAUACUCCGAUCUUGGCAAGAAGGCGAAAGAUGUCUUCGGCAAGGGCUACCACUUCGGUCUCAUUAAACUGGACUGUAAGUCAAAGACUGGCUCCGGGGUUGAGUUCAACACUGGGGGAAUCUCCAAUCAAGAAUCCGGCAAAGUCUUCGGCUCCUUGGAGACAAAAUACAAAGUUAAAGAGUACGGAUUGACUUUCUCUGAGAAGUGGAACACAGACAACACUCUCGCAACGGAGGUGGCCAUCGAGGAUCAGCUCCUCAAAGGACUGAAGCUGUCAACAGAUCUGACUUUCUCGCCACAGACUGGGAGCAAAUCGGCUCGCGUCAAAUCCGCCUUCUGCAACGAGAGGGUAGCCUUGAACUGCGACGUAGACUUGGACUCGAGCGGCCCCUUGAUCCAGGCUUCGGCCGUCGUGGGACACCAGGGCUGGCUGGCCGGCUACCAGAGCGCUUUCGACACCCAGAAAUCAAAACUCACUAAGAACAACUUCGCUCUAGGUUUCUCGACUGGCGACUUCAUCCUUCAUACCAACGUUGACGACGGCCAGGAGUUUGGGGGUUCUAUCUACCAGAAGUUGUCUCCGAAAUUGGAAACUGGCAUCCAGUUGGCGUGGUCUGCAGGCAGCAACAACACAAAAUUCGGCAUAGGGGCUAAAUACGACCUAGACCAGGACGCCGCUAUCCGUGCCAAGGUCAACAAUUCCAGUCAGAUCGGUUUGGGUUAUCAGCAACGUCUGCGCGAGGGCGUGACUCUGACCCUGUCGGCCCUCAUCGACGGCAAGAACUUCAACAACGGCGGCCACAAGAUCGGCCUGGCCGUCGAAUUAGAGGCUUAAUCAGAAUUUCGUCUGUUCCAAAUUGUAUUAGAACCAAAACACGUUUCAGCCUGCUGUAUUGUAGAUAUUUUAAUUGUUCUAUGGGACUUUUUAGUAUUAAAACAUAUACCUGAA